GCACACUAGAUGUUUGGUUGCAUCUUCAGUCUGCCUCACAUUGUGUCAUCUAGGAGUGCAAUUCAGGUGGAUUGGAGGCUCAACUCGGGCUUAAUCCAAGUGGACUCAGUUUGGGCUUGAGUUAUUCGGAAUGGGCUCGGUUCACACUAACCCGACUACCUGAGUCUAGCCUGAAAAGAAAUCAGGUUAGUUACUUUUUAACCCAAGCCCGAACUGAAUUGCAAUUUAUAUAGCCCAGGCCUGAAAUGUUUUAGACUGGUCUCGAGUCGGCCUGGGUUUGGCCCGCCCAAUUGCUCCCUUAGUCAUCAAAGACUCUAAAGGUCCGUAUCUCUGUUCAGCAAGGAUUUGAAGCAUUCCCUUUGCACUGGGAUUAACAUUGUCAAUGAAAUCAUUUGUUGUGACGAUGAUUUUCAUUGUAGUCUAUGAAAAAUAAAAUUUGUCUAUUUCAAAUAUAUGUAUCCUACUUGACAAUGGUUAGAGAGUUUGAAGUUAGUGGAGUUAGGCAGAAGGGGAUUCGAAUCUAAAAUUAGUAGUAGGGACAUUUUAGACCUGACCCUUUACCACUCGAACAACACCGGCACACCUCAGUCAUUUGCCAUUAUCUGCCUUCAAAUAUAUAACAUAUGUUCUCAAAAGCCUACACAGUUGCUCUUUUUUACUCAGACUUGGAUAUAUAAAUUAAUGAAAUAAUUUUUGCAUCAACUAUUUGCACUGAAUUGCUACACCUAUUAUUUUUAAUUAGUCAUUUAUAUAAUAAAUAAAGAAGUGGGUUUUCCACUUACUUGUAUUUAACAUAAAUAACCAAUACCAAUAAAAAAAGUAUUCAAUUAGACAAUUCACUAUAAGUAUUUGGUGUGAAUAUCACUGCUCAUAAAUUAAAGACAAAAACAAUUACUAUGAGACUUGCUAUUGUUUUUUCAAAUUUCCAGCAAAAAUUUAAUUACUUUUUUUUUUCUUUCCCUUUUUGAGUUCAAGUUCAGCCUGAACAAUUGUUUAAUUUGAUAGAGAUCGAGUGCAAUUUAAUGACAAUAAUUGGUCCCAUUGUGAAAAAGGGGGUGGCAAAUUUUGGUUUUAUCAACAGAGAUUGAUCCUUUUAGGGUUUUGACAAAACAAAACGUGUAUAGAUUCCAUAUUGGGGGAGGUUUCCAAGGUCAUGCCCUAGAACUCUGGUCCUUGGCACCUACAUUUAAUUUCAUUUUCUUUUCACCUUUGUUUGUGCCUUUGGUCAGCAGUCCUAGUAAUUAUUAUAGUUACCUAUAUGAAAUAUAACCUAUAUGAAAUAUACUAAUAUGUACUAGUAACAUUUUGUCCAUUAAACAAUAGUAACUUUAAAUCAAAUAAUUCAUAAGAAAAGGGUUUGGUAUGGGUCAGCAAAAAGAAUUCACACGCCACAUGGUUUUGGCCCUAAAAUCAGGAAAUGACGUUUAACUGUCGGUAAUCUAAUUAGUUCCCUCUAAACCAUGUGCUAGGUUUGCUUAUAUUAGAUGCUUACACAAAACCCUAGCGCACACACAAACACACACUGUUUUGGCUGUGGGCUAGAUAGAGCCUACUACAAGCAAUUUGUGACCAGCUUAGACAUGAGCACUGGUCAGUCUUUAUUGCACCAUGUUACUAAUCUUAAUUGGACAGACAAUGCCUUAAUCCAAAAUUUAGAAACUAACUGAAUUAUUUAUAAUUAUCUCAGACGAGUUAAGGGUUCGAUUUGUUUUCAUUUACUUAGUAAAUGAGUCUAGCUCAAAUAGUAAACUCGGUUUAAUAAAUGAGUCGAUCCUAUAAUAAUCUUGAUUCACGUGGUAAAAUUUAGGUUGUGAACAACUAGAUUAAGAUUCAAGAACAUGAUUUACUUGUUAGGCUUGCUAGAACAACUUAAUUAUUUUACCUGUAAGAGAGUAAAAAGCUUUCAUUUUCCAAAGAAUUUUUGGCAUCAAACUUGAAAUUGUUUAAUUCCAGAGGAGGGUUUUCUAUCAAAUUUAACUGUCAUUCAAAGGUGUGGCCCAAUUUUCAAAAGCAAAAACCAUUCAUAUCACUGACUAUGGCAAUGAAAACAAUGCAAAACCACAUGGUGUGUAUCUGGUUUCUAGUGUGAGCAAUCCAACAAUGGAGUAUUCAAAAUUAUAAUGAAAGAAAACAGAGAGCGCAGUGAGAGAACCCCGAGGUGAAGAUGGUGGAGGUGUUGUGAGUGAUUCCAUAUUUUAAAUCAAAUUUCCUCUUUCUGUGUGUCCUCUUUUCUUGCUUCACUACAAAGCAAGUAGAAUACCAUUAGUUUAAUUUCACUAGAAGCAGUAACAGAGAAGAGUGCAAGAAAAGAACCAAGAGAUAGACACACACACAUACACACACAGAAUGCAAAACCAAGGAGAGUGGCUUGGAAUUUGAGGCCAAUGCAAAUGCCGAUGCCGAGGCAAUCCUUCAACACCCAAAGCCACCACUAUCUCCACCACCACUCUCUCAUUUUCCUAGUCAUUACAGUCCUUGUUGUAUCACUUUCUACUUCUGCAGCAAACAAUGAAGUCAUUACACUGCUUUCAUGGCUUCAAACCUCUCCUUCACCACCCCCUGCAGCUUUCUCAAACUGGAACCCUUCAGACCCCACUCCUUGUGACUGGUCAUUCAUCACUUGUUCUCCCAAAAACUUUGUUACCCAAAUUGAUAUACAGUUCACUCACUUAGCUCUUCCUUUCCCUUCCAACCUCUCCUCGUUUCCUUUUCUCCAAACACUCAUUAUUUCCGGAGCUAAUCUCACAGGAACAAUCCCUCCUGACAUUGGAGGCUGUGAUUCUCUUAGAGUCCUUGAUGUCAGUUCAAACAGUCUUGUGGGUACUAUUCCAACAAGCAUUGGUAAGCUCUUGAACCUCCAGGACUUGAUAUUGAACUCCAAUCAGCUCACUGGGAAGAUCCCAAUAGAGCUCGGCAAUUGUGUUGACCUCAAGAAUCUCCUACUGUUUGAUAAUCAGCUUAGUGGGGAUCUUCCAGUUGAAUUAGGAAGAUGUUCGAAUUUGGAAGCUAUACGAGCCGGUGGGAACAAAGAAAUUUCUGGGAAGAUCCCAGAUGAGCUAGGAAACUGCUUGAACCUGAAGGUGUUAGGUCUGGCAGAUACUAAAAUUUCUGGUUCUUUACCGGCUUCAUUGGGUAAACUAGGCAAGCUUCAAACAUUGUCAGUCUAUACAACAAUGCUUUCAGGCGAAAUACCGCCAGAUUUGGGCAACUGUUCAGACCUCAUGGACUUGUAUUUGUACGAAAAUAGCCUCUCAGGUCCGCUUCCACCGGAGUUAGGCAAGCUUCAGAAGCUAGAGAAGAUGUUGCUUUGGCAGAACAAUCUUGUUGGGCCUAUUCCAGAAGAAGUUGGGAACUGCAGAAGCCUAAAGAUUAUUGAUCUUUCUCUGAAUUUCUUAUCAGGUUCCAUACCUCAGUCACUUGGGAACCUCUCAAUGCUGGUAGAGUUGAUGAUUAGUAACAAUAAUAUCUCUGGCUCGAUCCCAUCUGUUCUUUCCAAUGCUUCAAGCCUAUUACAGUUGCAGCUUGAUACUAAUCACAUAUCAGGUUUGAUUCCUCCAGAGCUUGGGCUGUUGACUGAGUUAAUAGUUUUCUUUGCCUGGCAGAACAAACUCGAGGGAAGCAUUCCUUCAUCUUUGGCAGGCUGCAGAAGCCUCGAAGCUCUAGAUUUGUCGCACAAUUUGCUCUCCGGCGGUCUGCCUCCUAGCCUGUUUCAGCUUCAAAAUCUGACAAAGCUUCUCCUGAUUUCCAAUGACAUCUCAGGUUUGAUCCCACCGGAGAUUGGUAACUGCAGUUCUCUCAUUCGGCUCAGGCUGGUUGAUAAUAGAAUCAGUGGAGAGAUUCCUAAAGAAAUUGGGCGUCUCAAUAGCCUCAGUUUUCUUGAUAUCUCUGAGAAUCGCUUAACUGGAUCAGUACCAGAUGAGAUUGGCAAUUGCACAAAUUUACAGAUGCUGAACCUAAGCAACAACACCCUUGGAGGCACUUUGCCUAGUUCUCUGUCAUCUCUCAAUAGGCUUCAGGUGUUGGAUGUGUCCAUUAACAGGUUUGUGGGUCAGAUUCCAGGAGGUUUUGGUCAUCUUAAUGCUCUUGAUAGGCUCAUUCUAAGCAGAAACACUCUCUCAGGAUCAAUUCCUUCGUCGCUUGGCCUCUGCUCAAGUCUUCAGUUGCUUGAUCUUAGUAGCAAUGCUCUCUCUGGCGCAAUUCCAGUGGAACUGUUUAAAAUUGAAGGCCUUGAUAUUUGUUUGAAUUUGAGUUGGAAUGCACUAACAGGUGUAAUCCCACCCCAAAUUUCUGCUCUUAACAAGUUGUCCACCCUAGACCUCUCUCACAACAAGCUUGAAGGUGAUUUGAUGGUUCUUUCCAGACUCGAGAACCUAGUGUCCCUGAACAUCUCAUACAACAAUUUCACUGGCUAUCUUCCUGACAACCAGCUGUUCCGACAGCUCUCAGCAACAGAGUUAGAGGGAAACCAAGGCUUGUGUUCUUCGGGUCUUGAUUCGUGUAUCUUGAGUAAUGCUGCAGCAACUGGAAUGUCAGAAGACAGUGAUUUUAGGCAGUCAAGCCGGCUUAAGCUUGCCAUUGCCUUACUCACCAUUGUGGCUGUGGCAUUGACAGUUCUUGGAAUAGUGGCAGUUUUUCGCGUGAAAAGAAUGAGUGGUGGUGAUAAUGAUUCUGAAAUGGGUGGAGGGGACUCAUUUCCUUGGCAAUUCACUCCAUUCCAAAAGCUGAAUUUCUCGGUUGAGCAAGUGCUGAGAUGCCUAGUGGAAGCUAAUGUGAUCGGCAAGGGAUGUUCAGGGAUAGUUUAUCGUGCAGAACUUGAAAAUGGGGAAGUCAUUGCAGUGAAGAAGCUGUGGCCUACAACAGUGGCUGCUGGAUACAACUGUCCUAAUGACCAAUUUGGAGUUAAUGGAGGGGUUCGCGAUUCUUUCUCAACAGAGGUAAAAACCCUUGGCUCAAUCCGUCACAAGAACAUUGUUCGGUUCUUGGGAUGCUGUUGGAACCAAAACACCAGAUUGCUUAUGUACGAUUACAUGCCUAACGGAAGCUUAGGCAGUCUUCUUCAUGAAAGAAGUGGUAGCUGCUUGGAAUGGGAUUUGAGGUAUCGGAUUGUGUUAGGAUCAGCUCAAGGUUUGGCCUAUUUACACCAUGAUUGUGUUCCUCCCAUUGUUCAUAGAGACAUAAAGGCCAACAACAUCCUCAUUGGUCUUGAAUUUGAGCCCUACAUUGCUGAUUUUGGGCUUGCCAAGCUUGUUGAUGAUAAAGACUAUGCAAGAUCUUCUAACACAGUUGCUGGUUCCUAUGGUUACAUUGCUCCAGAAUAUGGAUACAUGAUGAAGAUCACAGAGAAGAGCGAUGUUUACAGCUAUGGUGUAGUUGUUUUGGAAGUGUUAACGGGGAAGCAACCCAUUGAUCCAACCAUACCAGAAGGGCUACACAUUGUGGACUGGGUAAGGCAGAGGAGAGGUGGGAUUGAGGUGUUAGACUCGAGCUUAUGUUCCCGUCCUGAGUCUGAAAUCGGGGAGAUGAUGCAGACCUUGGGAGUGGCUUUGCUUUGUGUCAACCCUUCACCCGAGGACAGGCCUACCAUGAAGGAUGUGGCUGCAAUGCUGAUGGAAAUAAGGCAAGACAGAGAGGAGGGUGUGAAAGCUGACAUGCUCCUCAAAGGACAAGAUAAUAAGCAUUCUGGUGGAGGAGGUUCAUCAACAACAAUGCAGAGCUUGUACUCUCACAGCAAUAAUACAAGUUUUUCUGCAUCAUCACUCCUAUACUCUUCUUCAUCUAAUGCAAGACUUGCUUUUAAUAUAGAUUGAGAUUUGCUUUCUUGUUAGACCUAGUUCAUUAGUUGUGUGUGUCUAAAAUAGACAUUUAUGUUUCCUCAACCCCCUUUCUAGUUCUUUAACUUUGGUUUUUGCUGUAAAACAAAAAAAGAAAUUCGAAUAUUGUAAUUUGAAGAUGAACAGAUCAAACAAGCUAUUCCUAUGGCAGAUGCAAUUGAAAUGGUUUAUUUUAU